UGAGGGUCUAGGUCCGGGCAGCCGAAGAGUGUGGUUAGCAAGAUGAACAAAGAUGCGCAGAUGAGAGCAGCGAUUAACCAAAAGUUGAUAGAAACUGGAGAAAGAGAACGCCUCAAAGAGUUGCUGAGAGCUAAAUUAAUUGAAUGUGGCUGGAAGGAUCAGUUGAAGGCACACUGUAAAGAGGUAAUUAAAGAAAAGGGACUAGAACACGUUACUGUUGAUGACUUGGUGGCUGAAAUCACACCAAAAGGCAGAGCCCUGGUACCUGACAGUGUAAAGAAGGAACUCCUACAAAGAAUAAGAACAUUCCUUGCUCAGCAUGCCAGCCUUUAAGAUUGAAUUAGAUUGUGUUGUUUUGUGGUUUUAUUUCUAAAGUAAAACUUGCCAUAAAUUAGGAAUCGGCUUCCCAAAAUAAAAUCCUUUUUUGUAUGAUGGUAUACAGUUUUCAGUAAUGAUGUAUACAUUGUAUUGAUUUUUUUCCCUAAAUGUGUUAUUUUAAUAAAUAUCUCAU